CAGCCAAUAGCCUGGCUCUGCCACCCACACCCGCCUGCAGCCCGGCAGCUGAAUCAGGGUCAGGCCUGCCAGCUGACUGGCAUGUCCAGCAACAAAUCACAGUGCCUUGGCUAGGAGCAAACCAUGGCACCAGGCUGGGAGGCCUGAGCUGGGUAAGGCAUUAGGAGCAGUCCCUGGGGGGAAGGCUCAGCAAAGCAGAGCCCUUCCCAGCUGAUCUGGAGUGGGAACCGGGGCGCUGUGUCUGGAGCCCAGCUGGGGCAAUACCAGUCUCUGGGAUGUGAUUGAUCCACCCCUCCUGCAGUGAUUGCCUCGGCCCUGCCUUGCUGGGUGGCAAAGGAGGCAGCAGAACCGCCACUGUGGGCGUGCUCGGGUUCCUGUCCAGCCGUUCUUCGCUCUGUGCAGCACGAUGGAGAGGAAGAAGUGGUGUAACGGGAUGGUCCAGGAGGCAGCGGCUGUGCCUGAGUCUCUCCUCUGAAGAGCAGCUGCAGCUGUCGAGGAAGCCGCAGGGGAGAUGCGUAAAUAAACCAGAAUGGAAGGAGGGAAGGGCCCCGAUCUGCAGCUGCAGCAGCUUCCAUUUGCCACGGCGGCUGUAUCGGUGCUGCCCCAUGAGGACCCCUUUUCGUACAGGGAAAACUUGAUUGGUGCAUUACUAGCUAUAUUUGGCCAUCUGGUUAUCAGUAUUGCACUCAACCUCCAGAAGUAUAGCCACAUCCGGCUGGCAGGUUCCAAAGACCCGCGGGCGUAUUUUAGGACCAAGACGUGGUGGUGUGGUCUGUUUUUGCUGCUGCUGGGAGAAGUGGGUGUGUUUUCAUCCUAUGCCUUUGCACCUCUUUCGCUGAUUGUACCCCUCAGUGCGGUGUCUGUUAUAGCUAGCGCAAUCAUAGGAAUUAUAUUCAUUAAAGAAAAAUGGAAGCCCAAAGACUUUCUGAGACGCUAUGUUUUGUGCUUCCUAGGCUGUGGUUUGGCAAUCGUUGGGACUUACCUGCUGGUUACAUUCGGACCCAAUAGUCAUGAGAUGAUGACAGGAGACAAUAUCACUAAGCAUUUGGUCAGCUGGCCAUUCCUUUUAUAUAUGCUGCUGGAAAUCAUUCUCUUCUGCCUGCUGCUUUAUUUUUACAAGAGGAAAAAUGCAAAUUACAUAGUCGUUAUUCUUCUGCUCGUAGCGUUGCUGGGGUCUAUGACUGCAGUGACCGUGAAGGCUGUAGCAGGCAUGAUUGUUGUCUCGAUACAAGGACGCCUCCAACUUGGCUACCCUAUAUUCUAUAUCAUGUUGGUCUGCAUGGUUGCCACAGCCGCCUUUCAAGCAACGUUUUUAACUCAAGCCUCGCAGCUGUACGACUCAUCUCAGAUUGCUAGCAUCGGCUACAUCCUCUCCACAGCAACAGCAAUUACAGCAGGAGCAACCUUCUACUUGGACUUCACCGGUGAAGAUGUUCUCCACAUAUGCAUGUUUGCACUAGGGUGCCUCAUUGCAUUUUUAGGUGUCUUCUUAAUCACAAGAAACAAGAAGAAAUCCAUAUCAUUUGAACCUUACAUCUCAAUGGACGCCAUGCCAGGCAUGCAGACUGUGCAUGACAAAGGAAUUGCAGUUCAGCCUGAGCUCAAAGCUUCCUUUUCCUAUGGUGCCCUGGAGAACAAUGAUAACCUGGCAGAGAUCUACACGCCAGCCACGCUGCCAAUCGUGCAGGAGGAGCAUGGCUCCAAAGGAGUUUCUGCGCUGCCUUACCGUGUGCUGGAGCACAGUAAAAAGGAGUGAGUGUUUUUUAAGAAGCUGACUUAAGGCAACAAGCAUCUGGUGUUUAUUGCUUUGGGUUUUAGAUCCAUUAAAAUAUAAAUAUGUUAAAGCUGAACUCAGUAGGGUUUAAAAUUAGUCUCAAACUUACUUUUCAAGACUGGUUAUUUGAAGAAAGGACUCCGUGGAGUUGUGAACUUGGAAGCAUUUGUUCUAAGUUAGCAGUAAAUCAUGGUCCUUCUUUUAAGGUUGCUAAUUGUGAACAUGCAAUGACAGGCAGUAUUGUGGCCAUCUGAUAUUGACCACACAGCUGGCACUGUGAAGUACAGUAACUAAGCCGCUUUUCAGCUCUGCCAACAGUAGGUACAACACAAACUGAAGUCAACAGAAUACAGGACUAUGUAGCACUUUAAAGAUUAACAAGAUGGUUUAUUAGAUGAUGAG